AUACACAGGGAGAAGUUGGCAGAGUCGGGGUUUGGUGUCAGGAGGGAGAUGAUUUAAACUGCACGCUUUAAAAAAAAAAGAAAAGAAAAGAAAAGAAAAAAGAGAGAAGAUCAAAAACGCAGUUAAACUACACUGGAGCGGGACGCGUUAAAGGCGCAGCACACACAAUCUAAACGGAGUCAUGGAGCGUUUUUAUCCUCACAAGCUGUGUGUGUGUGUGUAGCAGCCUAACAACAAACUUCCCUGUUUUUGUUUUUUUGUUUUUUUUGAAGACCGAUGGAAGUCGACAGCUGCUUCGAAAACCCACUGCAUUCAUGUCCGAGGGAUUUUGUUAAGCCACUGAGUUUAGUCAUGGAUGAUCAUGGAUCCCUGCCACAUCCUCGGAGCUCAGGUCUUAGGGUGUCGACCAAAAGCAAGGCCCCAUCCCCACCAGGACUAAAGGAUCCGGAUUCCCCAGGUUUCUCGCAGUGGUACCCAGGCAACUCUCACUUAAACAUGGACCAGAAAGAGAACCUUAUUGAUAAAGACCUCUCUCUGACUGUGGUUCUGCCCGGUGGAGUGGAAAAGAUUACCACUGUUCACGGCAGCAAACCGUUAAUGGAUCUACUGGUGACGCUUUGUGCACAAUAUCACCUGAACCCAUCGGGCCACACUUUAGAACUGGUCACCACCAACAGGAACAACAUCAAGCUCAAGCCCAACGCUCUCAUAGGAACUCUGGACGCGGAGAAGAUUAUUCUUAAACCUAAAGGGGAAGACAAAAAUAAGAAGACGAGUCCUCAAAUGCCUGAGGCCACUGUGCGGAUGGUGAUAAACUACAAAAAGACACAGAAAACAAUACUGCGAGUUAAUCCCAGGGUUCCCUUGACUGAACUUUUACCGGCCAUAUGUGAGAAAUGUGAAUUUGAAGUGGCGACUACAGUUCUGUUGAAAGAUGUCCAAUCACUGUCCCCUUUGGAUUUGUCCUGCACCCUCAACGACUAUGCGAUAAGGGAGGUGUACGCAAGAGACACAAAAGGACAAACUGCUUCUCCCGUGUGUCCGUCCUCACCAAGUCAUGCAGGUACAGUUGUGCCUGGCAAAGAUAAAAAUCAGAAGGAGAAAGAAAACAAAGGCCUCUUCAGCAAGUUUCGAAAAAGCAAGAAAAACUCUGAGCAGGCCACAACAGCCAGCGCCCCGGCUUCUCCCGUACUAGUGAUCAAACCUCGACCACUCAGCAUGGCCUUACCCGGCACAGAUUUGCCUCCGCUCAGCUCCCCCUCGAGCCCCACCGAUGUGCCAAAGAAGAGACGCGCACCACAGCCUCCACUCCUUGUUUCUCAGAGCUUCUCCUCGGAGUUUAGCCCCCGCAGGAGAAUCCACUCUGAACCGAACUAUCAACCGGACAGUGACCAGAUGGCUGGUCUAAGUCGUGGGUCUUCAGCAGAAUCUUCCCUGAAAAGAACCAAACGCAAGGCUCCCGCACCUCCUGUUGUCCAGGACUCAGUUGGUGCAGAUGAAAAUACAGGAGGUGCAGCAGCAGCAGCAGCAGCAGCAGCGAACACACUGGAGGAGAUUAUGGAGCAGGAGGAGACGACUCCCUCUAUAAUGCCCACUACUGCUAAUGCUAGUGAUACCCAGGGAGAGGACCGCAGCAUCAGCACGUCAGCUGAUGUCUCACUGCAUUCCCCGUCCCCAGAUACUGAGAUGUUAAGCACGGUGACAAUGGAGGCCAUUGAGGAAGAUCAGUCUCCUGGUCUGUCCUCAGAUGGCAAGUACGAACUCUGUCAAGUGCAGAGCACUGCAGCUGAUGCUGUACCGCUCAGUGAUGUGAGGACAGCUGCUGGCACAGCCUCAUCUGAACCGGAACAUAGAAAUGGUGGUUUGUGUCAAGUUGAAAAUGUAACCCAACAGCCCGUCUGUGGGGAUUCUGCAAGUGAAAGUACUGCAGGUGAUUGCAGGACCAUAGCCAGCAGCAGCCUCUCUCAACCUGCAAUGCAGGAGGCAGACGCCCAGACGCCUGUUCAGGCAAACACUGAAACCCCCCGGGAGCAGAAUGGCAGGUCGGAGAGCCCAGUGGCCAUCAGCACGUCAUGCCCCGUUGGAGAGGACGCUGAAGUGCAAACAGAUUUCACACCGCUCCCUGUGCCUCCUCAACAACACGCGGACAAAGUUCCCUCCGGAGCCACUGUGCCUUCACUUGAACCACCAGGGAAAAAGGAUAUGGCCACUUUGACGGAUAAGCUGAACCCGCCUGACCUCGAGAAACCUGCCUCAUCCCACGUCUCAGGCACAUCAUGUCAAGACUCGACACCAAGUAUCCCUGCCACAACAAAGGCACCAACUAUUUAUGCCGCAGACUCUGAGCCAAAACCUAAGCCUUCCAAUGAGCUGACUAGGGACUACAUCCCCAAGGUGGGGAUGACAACAUAUACUAUUGUGCCUCAGAAAUCGCUUGAAAAACUGCGAUAUUUUGAAGUCGCUUUGACACUGGAGGCACCGCCUGCAGCUCCAGAGGAGACACUUGAUAUUGGUUCUCUCCACUUGGAGGAGAGUGCAGCACUAAGUGAACAGAUGGGCGAGUCAAAGGAGAAAACAGAGCUGCAUCCUACUGUACCCAGGAAAGACUUACUGAUAAGCACUGCUACUACUCAAGACACUGUUAAUAGAAGUACACCAGACUCUACUCAUCCCUCAUCACCCGACGGUUCACUUAGAGCAGAUGACAAGAUCUCAUCCUUUGUUGAUGUGGCGUCUCAAACAGCAGCAGAGGUCAAGGAAAUGAAAAUUCCACCCGCAACUAAACCUAAGCCUGGUUCUUUCCGCUUGGCACAGCACAAAAAAACACCUGGGUAUUAUGUAACUUCAGCAGCAGACAAAAGUUCAAGUGCUAGUCCUGGCCCUGGCCAGAGGGAGGCUCCUGGAAGUACACUGAGAGCAAUGUCACCACCCCUUCCUCCCUCACCUCCAGUGCAGUGUCGAGAAGAGAUGACAGGGGCCACUAACAUCCAGCUGAGCCCGAAAGAGGAUGACAAGAAUGUAGCCACGCGAAUGACCAGGCAAAGCAGUUUGCCGUGUAAAGAGCCAAGUUUGGGGUUAAGCCUGGAAAAAUUAAGAAGCUUUGCAAGCCCUAGGCCCUAUUCUCCUGCAACCCCAACCCGCUUUGCCCAGGCAGUGUCAUCUGCUGUGAAAAGGAGCCAGUCCUUAUCCCAUGGCCCGAGCUCACCUCGCACACCACCGUUCUCUCCAAUUUCAAGUCGCCCACAAGUCAUAGACACCAAAGGAUUGUCGAAGCUCAAGGAUGGUGGAAACAGAGAGGCGGAUGGUGACAAAGGCUCUAUUCUGUUGGGAGCAGAGGGUGAAGCACCAUCUUUUACUGAGGCUGUUAAACUGGAAGGAGAGAGCAGCCCAUAGCAGUGCCUUAACACUUCUGACAAUCUAUCAUCUACUGAGUAGCUAAUCCUGUCCACUUAAGGUUCUCCAGGACCCUUUAAUUCCCAUGAGGCAGAAGCAGGGACUGUCUUUUGUUUUACCUCUUUUGGUAGAUUUCGAUGGUGUACACAAAUAAGUUUAUUUUGAAAAUUAAUAAUUGCUGUAUAUUGGUUUAUUUCUCACACAUCUUCCUGAGCAAUGUCCCUGGCUGAUAUUUGUAAUGCUUUGCUUUUGUUUUGUCUCACGAGGACAAUUUUGCAUUUAAUGCAUCGUGGCUGUGAGUGAACAGGAAAAUUAAUUUAGAACAAUUCUAUAAAUUAUUUGACUGAUUUUCUGUGUUAUAAUAAUAUUGGAUUGAUUCACAAAACGUAUUAUCUAAAUAAUACUGGGACAGGUGUGACCUAUGGUACAUAAAUGCUCCAUAGACUAUACAUGGAAUUUAUAUUUAAGUAUUAAGGAGUUUUGAUUAAGCUAUGCAGAAAAACACUGUUGUGCACAGCCCACCUGUUGUUUCUGUUGGUGUUAUGAAUAAAAAUCUUUUUUUUAAUAUA